CCGGAAGCGGCGGUGGGCAGGGGGGCUGGCAGGUCAAACCCGGCAUUUUGGGGGUGAGGCGUGUGUCCCCUGUCAGGAGCCAUGCUGUGCAGGUCUGGGUACCGGCCGCUGCCCUUGGGGAACUUUGACCGUUUCCGGCAGUCGAGCUUAGGCUUCCUGGGCUCGCAGAAAGGCUGCUUGUUCCCGGAGCCGGGCGCCGUAGAGGCGGAAGCUGAUGCACCUCAGACCUGGCCUUCCUGCAUCUGCCACGGCCUCAUCAGUUUCCUGGGGUUCUUGUUGCUGCUGGUCACCUUCCCCAUUUCUGGCUGGUUUGCCCUGAAGAUCGUGCCCACGUAUGAGCGGAUGAUCGUGUUUCGACUGGGCCAGAUCCGCACCCCUCAGGGGCCUGGCGUGGUGCUGCUCCUGACCUUCAUUGACUCCUUUCAGAGAGUGGAUCUGAGGACACGAGCCUUUAAUGUCCCUCCCUGUAAGCUGGCCUCUAAGGACGGGGCUGUGCUGUCUGUGGGAGCCGAUGUCCAGUUCCGCAUCUGGGACCCAGUGCUGUCAGUGAUGACCGUGAAGGACGUGAACACAGCCACGCGCGUGACGGCCCAGAAUGCCAUGAGCAAGGCCCUGCUCAGGAGGCCUCUGCGGGACAUCCAGAUGGAGAAGCUGAAGAUCAGCGAGCAGCUCCUGUUUGAAACAACAUCCUGCUUGGUCUCCUUGCCUCUACCCUCAGCCCCUCCAACCUGGCGUCCACAUGGCAGCCAAGAGAACCUUUCCAACCAGCAAGUCUGCUCUGCCAGCUCCCUGUUAAACUCCUCCCCAGGACAUCCUUGUGCUUCAGAAGAAAUCCACCUGGAGAUCAAUGAUGUGACCAGGGCCUGGGGACUGGAGGUGGAUCGCAUGGAGCUGGCAGUGGAGGCCGUGCUGCAGCUGCCCCAGGACAGCCUGGCUGGUCCUGGCCUAGACAGCCCACUCCAGCAGCUGGCUCUCCACUUCCUGAAGGGUGGCAUGUCUUCAGUGGCAGGAGGUGCCCUACCCCCAGGGCCAGAUACCGUGGAGAUGGUGAACGAAGUUGAGCCGCCUGUUGGUGCUGGGCCCGGCUCAAAGCAGCCUUUGGCAGAGGGGCUGCUGACUGCUCUGCAGCCCUACCUGUCUGAGGCCCUGGUCAGCCAAGUUGGGGCCUGCUACCAGUUCAAUGUCAUCCUGCCCAGUGGCACCCAGAGCACCUACUUCCUGGACCUCACUACAGGACAAGGGUGGGUGGGAUGUGGGGUGCCCGAUGGCAUCCCUGACGUGGUGGUGGAGAUGGCCGAGGCGGACCUGCGGGCCCUGUUGUGCAGGGAGCUACGGCCCCUGGGGGCCUACAUGAGUGGACGACUGAAGGUGAAGGGCGACCUGGUCGUGGCCAUGAAGCUGGAGGCUGUUCUCAGGGCCCUGAAGUAGCAGCCUUGGCUGACCGUCCAUAGCCCAGCCUGAUCCUGGCACUGAACCAGGAGCGCAUCUUGGAGGAGGAGGCAUUGGCUCUGUACUUUGGGUUAUUGAGGCCCUGAGAAGUCUCAGGCCCAGCCAGGAGCUGAUGGAUGGAGGUGGGGACACCAGAGGCUGGGAGAGGCCGAGUCAGGCUGCCCUGCUCUGACCUACAGUAGUUCUCUGGACAAGCCUUGGCUCAUCCCAGUCCCCUGCCGAGUGCCCAGCUCUGAGCUGGGUACACAGAACAAUGACAGGAGAGCCAGGCCUGCUGUGCUCGGCUGGCUACCUGACUGGAGAGGCGAGGCCUACAGAAGCAGCCUGACAGCAGCCGGUUUGGUUCCAGGGUAAGGGAGCAAUGCAGGUGGCUCCGGCUCCCUGCUCCAAUGGGGGGAUCAGAGAGGUUGGGGGGGAGAGAUGGCGAUGGCCACCAAGAAGAGGUCAGUGCAGCAGGAGGGCUCUGGGGCUUGGGCCAGGCCCAGGCCAGUGGGGUGGGGACGGCAGAGAGUGGGGCCUGUGCCUGCCCUGGCCCCGAAGACUCUUGACUUGUCCACCAGCUUCAUCUUGCAUGCCUGAUGGGCCAGGCGAGGGCCUGGGCAGCAUGAAGGGGAGCCCGGCCUUUCCUGUGCUGCUCCUAGAGGCUUGAAAACUCAAAUAAAUGUGCUGUUGGUACUGUAUUGGACAGCAGUGGGAGCAUGGAAGUAGAUGGUCCUCAGGCUGUGCCCCUGCAGCUGGCCAGGGACCAGGGCCCUGAAGGCUGACAAGCCCGUAUGAUGCUCUCGAAUCAUCCACAGUUCCCCGGCAUGCACUGUGCUCCUCCCCACAGCCCGGGAGGAGGUUUGCCUGGAAAGGGCCUGGGCUGCCAGAGCUGGUCCCGCAGACGUGAACCUGAGGUGGGGCGGGAUGGCGUCACAACGGCCUGGAGAGGAGUCGGGCUGCUCUCGGCUUUCUCUCCUGAUCCAUCGGGGAGGCUCUGCCAGCAGAAGGGCCUGGCUUUCUGCUCCAGUGCUCCAGCCCAAACUCCAGGGACUCCAGAGGAGGGGUCUUUCAAUUCUGUACCUUAGAAAUAAAUCUUAAAAAAGAAAAAAAAGAAAUGAAUCUCACUUCCUGAAGAGGCUUGUGAAGCCCCACAGAACUCCGAGCCUCCCUUUGAAGGCCCUCUUUAGCUUCCUUGGCACCAGGCUCUGCCCACUUUGCCCUUGUGCUCCUGUCAGUGCCUGUGCCUCCUCUUGUGUGUCCCAGCACAGACCACACACCCAGGUUUCAGCUCCCGGGCCCCUCCCCAGGGGUCCAGGGCCCAGCCUGUGCCCCUUCUCUGCCCAUUGGCUCACCUGCAGGCCGCCAGACUGGGCUGUCUGUUCAAAAGUCACCCCUCCAAUCCCCACUGGCCACACUCCUGCCACCCUGACUGAGGCCUAGUGGGAAUGGUCCUCUCUGCUCUCGCCUGUGCUCUGUCUCCACUUUGGGGCUGUCAUCGUGCCCGUUCCCACUGCCUGUUACUGAUCCUAGCACACGUGCCUGGCCUCCCAGUGGAACCAUGAGCUUCAUGCCUGAUCGAUUCCUCUCAGUUCCCUACAUUGCUACUGCACACGGCACACCAAGGGGCAAUGGGGAAGCCCAGGCGUCUUCCUGUGAAAGCUUCAGGAACCUGAACUGAAACCAGAUUUUCUCUGUGGGCGUGGGAGGAUCAACAUAACAUUUAGGGGAAACUGAGACUGGUGGAUGUCUCUGGAGGCCUGCUGCCAGUCAGUAAUACCUCAUCCUGGAGGUAUUGGCCACUCCUUGGCAAGGCCAGCCCUCCAGGAGAGGGAGCUCAAGGGCCUCUGGACUUCGGAGGACUGAGCAGUCCUUGCAGUCCCCAUGGGUGGGAGG